UGAGAAUUUAGGACGUUUUUUUUUAUCUCGCUCUCUUACUGGUGGUGAUUAACGUUGAAGGACGCCUAGCAGCACUUUGUGCAGCCAGCCGCUCCCUAUGCCCGUGGACCCGUAGUCCUUAUCCACCUCAGUGCUCAAGUGGAAGUCCUCCUAGCCGGAUGAGAGACGGGUCCAGGCACGUUCACAACGCAGAUAACUAAAAAAGACAACGGGAAUAGAGGAGCCUCUUUUCAACUGAAGGGAUAUUCCCGGGAUUCUUCACUUUCCUCCAGAGUGGAUUAAGGAACAACAUUUCCAAUUCAGAGGGGGGAUUGCUGAUUCCAAAAUGGAGGUGAAGACGUCACUUCUAGACAACAUGAUAGGGGUGGGGGACAUGGUCCUGCUAGAACCCCUCAACGAAGACUCCUUCAUCGAGAACCUGAGAAAACGCUUCGACCACAAUGAGAUCUACACAUACAUCGGCAGUGUGGUGAUCUCCAUGAACCCAUACAGGUCUCUGCCUAUCUUCACACCAGAGAAGGUGGAGGAGUAUCGCAACAGGAACUUCUACGAGCUCAGCCCACACAUGUGAGUCCCUGGCCUAGGUCCUUCCUCCACCCGGUCUUUG